AGAAGACGGAACCCGUUUUGCAGGUAACCGAACCCUCUCCUUUUGAUGCCCUAGCUGCAGAUGAGCUCACAAUAUUGUCACAUGUAGCUGGCGAAGGCACCCACGUGAGAAAGGCUGCCAAAAAGGGCUGCAGAGCGGUGUGCCUUCAUCCCCGUUCUUCUCCCCUCACCUUUGAGCUCGUUAAAGGUGUUGUGAAAAUAUUUUUGCGUGGCAGUCUCUCGGGGCAGGCUCUCGUGCGCCAAGCUAAUGUCCUUGGUCAAGAUCUUGUGGCGCCACAUUGGAACUGAGGCAGCCAUCGACCGCAGCAUUUUAAAAACACGCCGUCUUCUGCCCCUCUCCAUGCCAUCUUACCGCAUGACGUCAGAGGUUGGCACUCUGGGAGAAUCUUUGGGAGAGACGCACUUGGUUGAGGAGCGCGCGGAGGAUGGGGGCGCACCGACCCUUGAAUCUAGCAAGAAAGCUGGCGGGUCAAAGUUUAAGAUCUACACCCGGACAGGCGACGCGGGGCAGACAUCAUUGUACAACGGGAGCAGAAAGUCAAAGACAGAGGUAGAGUUUGAGGCGCUCGGAGAUGUUGACGAGCUGAACAGCGCAAUCGGGGUGGCGAGGGAGUUCCUAGAUCCCACACUGACUUCGCUUCUGCAGCAAUUGGAGGAGAUCCAGUCUCGUCUUAUAGACGUCGGAACAUCCAUAGCUACCCCUCUGUCAACUUCGUCCAAAGGGAAACUAGAAAGGGCAAAGUUCCCAGAGGGUAAGGUGCAGCUUUUAGAGGAGCAGAUAGAUGCCAUGGAUGAGGAGCUGCCACCCCUGAGAAACUUCAUCCUGCCUUCGGGGGGCCCUGGAGCGUCGUUCCUCCAUGUCGCCCGCGGAGUCUGCCGGAGGGCUGAGCGGAAGGUGGUCUACUUAGUGGGGCAGAACCAGGUGGAGGAGGAGGUCAGCCGAUACAUGAACCGAUUAAGUGACUACCUCUUCACUGCGGCCAGGUAUGCAGCCCUUAAGGCUGGCCGCCAGGAAACAAUAUACAAGAAGGUAACUUGAUCAGACUUUGUCCAGGGGCUUGCUUUGGUCGCAACGUUAUUGAUGACACUUGUCGCCAGUCCAUCAAGUUGGACACAUACCGGCCAGCUUUUAGGAGGGAAUUGAUUGGGCAGUUCACUGAUUUAGCUAAGCAGCCAUACAGGCUAGCUAUGAUUGAAAGAAAUCCGUGAAUGUCCCUCCGAGUCUUGAAUCAGCCCAGUCAUGCACUUGGUACGGGGGACAUGAGGCAAAUUGGCAAUUGUGAGCAGACUGCUGCAGGUAUGAUUGUGGGUCUUGCCAUGUUAGUAGGUGGUAAGCUGCUCCAGAUUUGUGAUGCACGCCUUGUAUGACACUGGCAGUUCUGAGAAAGCGAAGACGAUUGCUGAUGUCCAGGGGUGAUUUGUUGCCCAGAUAUAAACAAGACUACUCUUGAGGCCUCUUCAUUUAUUCGUGUGCAUCAUCGGUGCAAUACCAC